AUGACCACGAUACAUAUUGGGGACACCGUCACGGUCCCCGGGGAUAUGCACGGUGUCGUGAAAUUUAUUGGACCCGUCGCAGGAAAGAAAGGAACAUUUGCAGGUGUGCAGCUUGCGCCCGAGUAUGCUCCGAGAGGGAAAAACUCUGGCGAAGUCGAUGGGAGACACUAUUUCAGAACGACUAUACCAGGCUCCGGCAUUUUCCUCCCACUGGAAAAGGCGGUCAAGAGGUCCGGAUUGGGCGUCAGAGCAAGCCCUGGCCCAGGCACGCCGACGAGGUUGAGCAGUUUCAAUCAAGGAGGCAGAACGCCAGGCAUCGCGAAACCCAAUUUCAGUCAGUCCAUCGGGCCAGGCGUGAGGUCAGGCGCAGCGAGCCCGGCCCUCAAACCAUCUAUGAGACGAGAAUCUCUCCCUCGACCUUCGAGCCCGCUGCGCAAGGUCCAUACACCUACUCCGAAGACAUUGGCAACGCCUAAAACCCGAGCCAGUGGUAUCGGCUUCGCGAAAAGUACAAAUGGAGCCACAGGGCCAUAUAGGCCAGGACAACGGCCGACCAACAACUUCAGCCGGAGUCUGCGACAGAGCUCAUCUACACCGAGCAAUUCGGGCGCAAGUCCCUCGUUAGGGCCGGAUUCGAGUUUCGACGAAACUCAAGAGCACGAGGCUGACUCUACGCCGACACCGACACCUAGUGUCAAUCGACAUGCGGAGAAUCAUGUCACCAAGUACGAGGCCAAGAUACGAGAACUGAAUGAAGAGCUCAACGAGGCGAGACGCCAAAUACGUGAACAGAAUGGAAACAUCGGAGAAAUGGAACGCAACUUCAACGAGCUUCAAAAACUACUGCCAGCAUUGGAGGAGGGCCAAGCUGGAACACGAGCUCGCGAAGAGGACGAGGAAGAUCUUCCACGAGACGUCGCCUCUCUUCGCGACAUUGUGCGGGAAAAGAAUGAGAAGAUCAAGCUCCUGACUGCCGAGUUCGACGCGCAUCGAGCGGAUUUCCGCUCCACAAUCGACACGCUGGAAAUGGCGAGCACGGAAACCGAAAGAGUGUAUGAGAAGAGGGUGGACGAGCUGCUGGAAGAGCUUCGGACGCUGCAAGAUCGCAGCGAAGACGUCGAGAGCGUCGCCCAACAACUUAAGCAGUUGGAAGACCUGGUCCAAGAGCUUGAAGAAGGCUUGGAAGACGCUCGACGAGGCGAGGCUGAAGCGCGCAGUGAAGUUGAGUUUCUGAGGGGCGAAGUGGAGAGGUCCAGGUCCGAGCUGCGUAGGGAAAAGGAACGCCUGAGGACAGAGGAACAGUUGAACGGCUUUUCGCCGGCGACUCUGCAAGAUCUCGAAGCCCAAUUGAGCGCCAAAGACGAUGAGAUCCGAGGCCUGAAAGCGAUCAUCCAAAGCCUCAGCGAGUCACACGACAAGGACGAUUCCAAGAGGAACGGCCCUGGCAGUGCACAGGCAAACGGCAAUGGACACAUUCGAAACAAAAGCACUGUGUCUGCAGCCGCCGGCAAUGACGACGAUGGCCGAUAUACCCUAGAACAGCAGAUCCGCAACCUGGAAGCCCUCCUGCAACAAAAGAACGCGCAUGAGGAAGAGUUGUCGAACGAAGUCAAACAGCUGCGGAACAGUGUCGCGCUGUCCAAAUUUCCUCUGCCCGGAUCUGCUUUUGGCAUCCACACCGGCAUCAGGUCGUCCGGGGGACACUCGCGCGGGAACAGCGAGGAAUUGGACCGCAAGCAUUUGAGCACAGGCACGACGGGCAGCCAAAGGACCGUUGUUGUCGGGGCUGGUGGUAUGUCAAAGGGAGGCGUUCCCGCUGCUAAGCACGAGAGAAAGCAAAGCCACCCAGCACUUCCCCAAACACAACCGCAGGAGUGGCACAACCACCACCACCACAACUCUACCGUGCCCCCGGUCAAACACCACCAAUACAUCGACACGGACGGCGACCGGGCGCGAUCUGACGACGGGGUCACUGACGUUUCUUCCGCCAGCGCGAACGCCGCUCUGUGGUGCGAGAUCUGCGAAGAAGGCGGCCACGACAUUUUGAGUUGCACCAAUAUGUUCGGCACCGAAGGUAAAGUGCAAGGACACACACAGCAACAUCCAGCCAAUGCCAGUUUGGGAUCGAGAUCGGGGAAAAGAAGCGGCAAGGAAGUCGUCCGCGAAGGUCUCAAACGUAGUGGCGACUACGAUGAACAACAGAUCCACGACAUAGCUGGAUCUGGCGCCCGGUCAGCAGGCAGAGUCGAGGAGUUCGACAGACCAGCUUCCCUGAUGAGUCGCAAAAACACCGCCAACAGCGCCGUUUCUGCCGUUUCUGCUGUCUCCACACCCUCGCAUCCGCCGCCUACCUCGGACCUUCCAUCACCUCCUGUCCUCGAGGAUACGGCUUCACCGUUAUCGCCGUCGCCCAAGAAAAUAAAUGCGGGGGCAGCGCCUCCUCGACCCCCACCGCCUUCUGCACCGGUGACGACAUUGAUCGAAGGCACAGGCGCCCAAGCAGGCAUGCUGGCAGGCCGCACUUCGGGCGUGAUCGAUCCGGAGAAAUGGUGUGCCUUGUGCGAGCGGGACGGGCAUGACUCGGUCGAUUGUCCGCUCGAAGACGCUUUCUAG